GCCUGAAGCGCACGCAGCAACCAGCGGAAGUCGUAGUCGUUGUCGCCAGCACUCUGAAAGCGGUUUCGGUGGUUCAGACCCACAAGCGAAAGAGCUCUCUUAAGACCAUCGAACAGCGACCAGCGACCAUCGACCACCACCAAAACGAAAACCACAGAACUCUCGCGUGACUUGCUCCGCCCCGUGGAUGCUGCUCGAGGGCUGGAAAUGCCGCAGGAUUCGGUUAACGCGUUUAGUCGAGCGACGUGCUUCGAGCGGUGAUGAGCCCCUGUCUUUGACAACGCAACAUCUACAAAAAACAUCGCCUAUCAUCAAGUGGAAGUGUUAAGUGUGCACAAAACAAACGAGAAAUACACACUCAGCCCCAUAUAAAUAAUAAAUUUUGUGAUAACAACACUAACAAAACGAAAAAAACAAAAACGGAGGCAAAGUGGAGAAAAUGAUACAGCAUUCCGAGUACAACCAAGUGUAGCCCCUAAACAAGUGUAGUGAAAACUUAGACAAAGGCACAAAAAUCUGCAUACAUGGGCUAAUUAAGCGUCCGCGAGCGAAUUUACAUUUGUGGUGCCAAUCCAAAGUGAACCCCAAACAAAAACUCCAUCUAGAUCCCGACCAGCAUCACGCUCGCAAACGCCCCCAGAAUGUACAAAAUGUUUAGGAAACAUUUUCGGCGAAAACCAACAUCGCCAGCGGAAUCAACAGCAACAACAAUAAUAGCAACAACAACAACAUUUGGAGCAGAAGGCUUAGCAGACAGCCUGAGAAUGUCCAAAAAGACGGCGACAAAAAGAAGGCAGAGCUCGAGGCACCGGGAACCCAAAAUCGCCGCUCUGCCAUCGCCGAUCCGCGAUUGUCGAUCAUUAAAGUCUGCCUGCAACUUAAUUGCUUUAAUUUUAAUACUGUUAGUCCAUAAGAUAUCCGCAGCUGGCAACUUCGAGCUGGAAAUAUUAGAAAUCUCAAACACCAACAGCCAUCUACUCAACGGCUAUUGCUGCGGCAUGCCAGCGGAACUAAGAGCCACCAAGACGAUAGGCUGCUCGCCAUGCACGACGGCAUUCCGGCUGUGUUUGAAGGAGUACCAGACCACGGAGCAGGGAGCCAGCAUAUCGACGGGCUGUUCGUUCGGCAACGCCACCACCAAGAUACUCGGCGGAUCCAGUUUUGUGCUCAGCGAUCCGGGUGUGGGAGCCAUUGUGCUGCCCUUUACCUUUCGAUGGACGAAGUCGUUUACGCUGAUACUGCAGGCGUUGGAUAUGUACAACACAUCCUAUCCAGAUGCGGAGAGGUUAAUUGAGGAAACAUCAUACUCGGGCGUGAUACUGCCGUCGCCGGAGUGGAAGACCCUGGACCACAUCGGUCGCAAUGCGCGGAUCACCUACCGUGUCCGGGUGCAAUGCGCCGUUACCUACUACAACACGACCUGCACGACCUUCUGCCGUCCGCGGGACGAUCAGUUCGGUCACUACGCCUGCGGCUCCGAGGGUCAAAAGCUCUGCCUCAACGGCUGGCAGGGCGUCAACUGCGAGGAGGCCAUCUGCAAGACCGGCUGCGACCCCGUCCACGGCAAGUGCGACCGUCCCGGGGAGUGCGAAUGCAGACCGGGCUGGAGGGGUCCGCUGUGCAACGAGUGCAUGGUCUAUCCAGGUUGCAAGCACGGUUCCUGCAACGGCAGCGCCUGGAAAUGCGUCUGCGACACCAACUGGGGUGGCAUACUGUGCGAUCAAGAUUUAAAUUACUGCGGCACCCAUGAACCCUGCAGGCACGGCGGCACCUGCGAGAAUACCGCUCCGGACAAGUACCGCUGCACAUGUGCCGAGGGACUCUCCGGCGAGCAGUGCGAGAUCGUCGAACACCCGUGUGCCACACGGCCCUGCCGCAACGGCGGCACAUGCACCCUCAAGGGAAACAAUGCCUCGAGAACAACAGUGUACCGGCCAGCGUUCGGCAGGAGUUCCAUGGGCAGACCGAUGGCCCGUCGCAACUCGAUGCGCAGCCUGGAUCAGCUGCGUCCGGAGGGGCAGCCGCUGAAUGACAGCAGCUCCCCGGGAUCGGCACUGGCACUCCGCCUGGAAGCCCUGCAGCAGCAACUGGCCGACUUCACCUGCGGCUGUGCGGCCGGAUGGACGGGACCGACAUGCGAAAUAAAUAUCGACGAGUGCGCCGGAGGUCCCUGCGAACAUGGUGGCACUUGCGUCGAUCUAAUCGGCGGCUUUCGCUGCGAGUGUCCGCCGGAGUGGCAUGGCGAUGUCUGCCAGGUGGACGUGAAUGAGUGCGAGGCGCCCCACUCCGCCGGAGUCUCCGCGAAUGCCCUGCUGACCACGACUGCCAGUGCGAUAAUUGGCAGCAAUCUGACCAGCUCCGCCCUGCUGGCUGCUUUAACCAGUGCCGUGGCAUCCACUUCCCUGGCCAUCGGACCCUGCAUAAAUGCCAGGGAAUGCCGCAAUCAGCCGGGAUCCUUUGCCUGUGUUUGCAUGGAGGGCUGGGGAGGAUUAACUUGUGCUGAAAACUUAGAUGAUUGUGUGGGUCAGUGCCGGAAUGGAGCCACCUGCAUCGAUCUGGUUAACGACUACAGGUGCGCCUGUGCCGCAGGAUUCACGGGUCGCGAUUGCGAGACGGACAUCGAUGAGUGCGCCACUUCCCCCUGCAGAAAUGGAGGUGAAUGUGUGGACAUGGUGGGCAAGUUCAACUGCAUCUGCCCGCUGGGAUACUCGGGUUCCCUGUGCGAGGAGGCCAAGGAGAACUGCACUCCUUCCCCGUGUUUAGAAGGUCACUGCCUGAACACACCCGAAGGAUACUACUGCCACUGUCCUCCAGAUCGGGCUGGCAAACACUGCGAGCAACUGCGUCCGCUCUGCUCCCAACCGCCUUGCAACGAGGGCUGCUUCGCCAACGUGAGCCUCGCAACAGCGGCGACAACGACGACGACAACAACCACUUCGGCGACAACGGCGAGGAAGAUGGGCAAGCCGAGCGGAUUGCCCUGCAGCGGACACGGCAGCUGCGAGAUGAGCGACGUGGGCACCUUCUGCAAGUGCCAUGUGGGCCACACCGGCACCUUUUGCGAGCACAAUCUCAACGAAUGCUCGCCGAAUCCUUGUCGAAAUGGGGGAAUUUGCCUUGACGGCGACGGCGACUUUACAUGCGAGUGCAUGUCUGGCUGGACAGGUAAACGCUGCUCGGAGCGGGCCACAAGUUGCUAUGCCGGCCAGUGCCAGAAUGGUGGCACCUGCAUGCCCGGUGCGGCGGACAAGGAUCUGCAGCCGCACUGCCGCUGUGCGCCCGGUUGGACGGGUCUUUUCUGCGCCGAGGCCAUUGACCAGUGCCGCGGCCAGCCGUGCCACAAUGGCGGCACCUGCGAGUCGGGAGCGGGCUGGUUCCGCUGCGUCUGCGCCCAGGGAUUCUCCGGUCCCGACUGCCGCAUCAAUGUGAACGAGUGCUCACCGCAACCCUGCCAAGGAGGAGCCACCUGCAUCGACGGCAUCGGCGGAUACAGCUGUGUCUGCCCACCAGGUCGUCAUGGAUUGCGAUGCGAGAUUUUGCUCUCCGAUCCCAAGUCCGCUUGUCUGAAUGUGAGCAACACCAUCUCGCCUUAUUCUGCCCUGAAUCAAAGCCAAAACUGGCUGGAUAUCGCUCUGACCGGAAGAAGCGACGACGACGAGAACUGCAAUGCCUGUGUCUGCGAAAAUGGCACCUCCAGGUGCACGAAUCUCUGGUGCGGAUUGCCCAACUGCUACAAGGUGGAUCCACUCUCGAAGUCCUCCAAUCUGUCCGGCGUUUGCAAACAGCACGAGGUGUGUGUUCCGGCACUGAGCGAAACCUGUCUCUCGGCACCUUGCAGUGUCCGCGGAGAUUGUCGAGCCCUGGAACCCUCGCGAAGGGUUGCUCCUCCCAGUCUGCCGGCCAAGUCCAGCUGCUGGCCCAACCAAGCCGAAGUCCUGCAGAACUGCGCCCGACUGACCAUCCUUUUGGCCCUGGAGCGAGUGGGCAAGGGAGCCUCGGUGGAGGGUCUUUGCUCGCUGGUGAGGGUUCUCCUGGCUGCCCAGUUGGUCAAGAAGCUGCCGAUCGAUGCUGGCCAGGAGCAGGGCAUGCUCAUGGUGCUCUGCGAUCUCAAGACGGGCACCAAUGACACCGUCGAACUGACUGUGUCCUCCACUAAGUUGAAUGAUCCCCAGUUGCCGGUGGCAGUGGGUCUGUUGGGUGAACUCCUGAGCUCCCGGCAGUUGAAUGGCAUCCAGUUGCGCAAGGAACUGGAGCUGCAGCACGCCAAGCUGGCUGCCCUGACCUCCAUUGUGGAGGUCAAACUGGAAAUUGCCCGGGUGGCCGGCGGAUCGGGACUGCUGAUCGGAGUGCUCUGCGGCAUCUUUAUCGUCCUGGUGGGAUUCUCGGUGUUCAUCAGUUUGUAUUGGAAGCAGCGGAUGGCCUAUCGCAGCAAUUCCGGCAUGAACCUGACGCCCUCGCUGGAUGCACUGCGACACGAGGAGGAGAAGUCAAACAACCUGCAGAACGAGGAGAACCUGCGGAGGUAUACGAAUCCCUUAAAAGGCAGCACCACUUCCCUGCGGGCUGCCACCGGAAUGGAGUUGAGUUUGAACCCAGCUCCCGAGUUGGCUGCCUCGGCGGCGAGUAGUUCCGCCCUGCACCGGUCGCAGCCGCUGUUCCCGCCCUGCGACUUCGAGCGGGAACUGGACUCCAGCACGGGACUGAAGCAGGCGCACAAGCGCAGCUCCCAGAUCCUGCUGCACAAGACCCAGAACUCGGACAUGCGAAAGAACACGGUGGGCUCGCUGGACAGUCCGCGGAAGGACUUCGGCAAGCGGUCGAUCAACUGCAAGUCCCUGCCACCCACCUCGGGCGACGAGGGCUCCGACGUCCUUGCCACCACUGUGAUGGUUUAGCCGUGAUCUCAGCCAGCCAGCAACCAAUCAGAAACCAACCAGCCGCCCACAGCCAGCUCAAAGUUCCGAUUGCCACAGCACGGGCGCGAUUUCCAAGUGCAUUAGUAGCGUAUUAUAAAUUAGGAAUCGAUUUAGUUUUAGGGGCUCCCACAACGAAGUGGCUUUGCUGAAAACCGAAAACCAGUCGAACUGUUCUAGCUCAAACUCGGAGAUAAGGUAAGAUGGGGUGCACAAAUAAAUCCAAAGCAUUUGCUAGUUAAUCAAACUUUUUACGGUCACAGUUUUGGGCAAAUUUAUUUGUAUACCUGAUCUUAUCUUGAGUUGAAACCAGUUUAAAUGGGAUUUGAGUUUAGCAAUAGUAUAUAUAUAUAUAUAUAUAAGUAUAAAUACACCGAACGCUAUGUCGCUCGAGAUAAAAGAGUUUGAAAUUCUAAAGAAGGAAUUUGUGACAAAGUGUUCAGCAGAUCCAAAUCGUUGUGGCAACCCAUAUUGUAUAAGCUAGGUAGUGUAAUUCCGAACUCUUCUCUUCGCUAAGCAACAUCCUACACAGUGUGAUAUUUAGUGUAACCCAGGCGCGCAUUUACAUUCAUUUAAAGCUAAAAAUAUGAUAAUAAAAAGUAAUUAAAUCCUUGGCUAGCACAAGCUGUAUAUAGUUCUCAUCUAGGAUCGGCGCGCUCUCUAUGGUGUAUAAGCAUAAGCUGUAAAUACUGUAAAUUAGCAGUUACCGUUAUUGUAUUUUGUCUAUAGAUUGAUAGAUUCCUAGAACUAAACUAAGCCCCAGCCGCAACGCGUUAGACUUUAAAAGUUGUUUGCAAUUGUACGCAAUAAUUUAGUUAUAUGAUCGUAGUUAGGUAGAGUUGUCUAAAAGGGUAAGAUUCAAGCGAUUUUGUAUUGUAUUAUACCUACGUGUGUAGUAAUAUUUAUUUAUUAUUUUAACUUUGAUCUAGCAGCAAUAAAGCAAUAUCAAUA